AUGUUUGUCAACAGCAGGCUGCUGACCUUCGGAACAUCAAGUAAUAUAAGGGUGGCGCCAGGAUCUCCAGGAAAGUCGUACUCAUGGAAGGAAAAGGGUUACACGAGCUGCAGUGCAUCUUGUCUCAGUGGAGUACAGGAACUCAUAAUCCAAUGCGUGAGAGAUGAAGAUGGUAAGAAUGCGUCUCCAUACAUGUGCGACCCUUUGACGAAGCCAGAGAACAGGGUUCGGACUUGCAAUGACCACCCAUGUCCACCCAGGUGGAACUACACUGAGUUCUCACAAUGCACCAAGUCGUGUGGCAUCGGUAUUCAGACGAGAGAGGUCACUUGUAUACAUGAGGUGACUCGCGGUGGCACAAACACAGUAGUGGUACCAAACAGCAUGUGUCCCCAACCGCCACCCCCGGACCGGCAGUACUGUAACGUCCUUGACUGCCCCGUCCGGUGGCACACGGGAGAGUGGUCCAAAUGCUCAAAGACAUGCGGUGGAGGGUUAAAACAGAGAGAUGUGGAGUGUAAGCAAAUAAUGGCGCAGUCCCACGUCGUAGAACGACCAGCUUCACUCUGCAGCUCCCCUCGUCCAGCUGCCACCAAGUCCUGCAACUCCAGGCCCUGUCUCCUGGACACUGCGUCACCAGAAAUAUCUCUCGCCAAUUCCUCUUAUAUACAACACGAUCCGAAGAAGAAGAAGGUGACGGUAAAGGUGGGUGGGUCGGCGACAAUAUUCUAUGGAACUCAGGUGAAGAUCAAAUGUCCAGUAAAAGGGUACAAUAGGACCAAAAUACAAUGGGCCAAGGACCAUCAGAUCAUUAGCAAGUCGAAGAAAUACAAAAUAUCCAGGAAGGGUGCACUUCGGAUCAAUUCCCUUUCACUCCGUGACCAUGGAGUGUACACCUGCGUAGCUGGCAGAUCCAGCGCCAACCUGACGCUGCUGGUCAAGCCAAGACCUGGAGAAUUUCCAUCCAGUGAAGAGAUUGAGAGGCACAAGGCUUUGGAUGAACCAUCUUCGCCGCUUUCUGAUAGCAGGGCGGACGGGCGAUAUCGAGCUAUGAUUGGAGGCACCUCAGAUGACCAGUCUCAUGAACAGCGGCCGGGGGACUCCAGGAAGAACUAUAAGAAUAGGCAGAAAGGAAAAAUAGACAAAGUGCGGGAUGCUCUGUACGGGAACACAGCAACUACAAGCACCAAAGCAUCACCCAGCUUCAAUUCACAAGAGCGAGAGAGAGACUUGUAUGAUGAACAUGAGGGCCUUGGAAACUCCAGGGGUCAAAGGACAGUUGACUCCAUCAUAAUGUACCAGAACUAUGGAGUUCCGACGAAGUCACAUUUCUUCAACUUGGAAGACAAACAGAUGGUCUUCCCAGAAGACGAUGAUUCUGACAUUAUCAUAGUUAAUGAAGAUUAUAAUAGAAAUGUUCUAAGAGACGUUCCUGUUGAGAAUCUUAAGGAUUCUGAAGAAACUACUACAGAACACAGGUUGGAAGCUCCAGACGCUCACGAGUACGUCUGGAUGACGACAGACUGGUCUCCAUGCAGUGCCCUCUGUAGCCAGACCGGCCACCAGAUCAGAGGAGCAGUUUGUCAGCACAAGAAAGACAACAGCACAACUACAGUGGAGACAGAAGAAUGUCUAUCACGGGGUGGCACGCCACCAACUGUGGUUAGGGAGUGCAUUGGGGAGACGUGUGCAGAAUGGAGGACUGCGCCCUGGUCCGCGCCCAAGUGUCUAAGCAGCGGAGCUGCCAUUAUUCGGCGUCGCGUGGAAUGCGUAGCGGUGAAUGGCAGUACUCUGCAAGAGAGUGCUUGUGACUCCGUCAGUAGACCAGAGAAGAUCAGGAGGGACACCAGCCUUUGUAAGGCCACCUGGGCUGUUGGGCCUUGGAGCAAGGUUACAAUUGGAAAUCGUUUUACUAGUAGUCCAAACGAGAUUGAGCUACCAAUUCUUUAUAAAGUUCUAGCGUUUGCCAGCGACUUUGUUCCCGUGGAAUAUGUGUGGGCACAUGUUCCUCCGUGGGCAGACAGCAUCGCGCGUUGCGCUGUGUGUGGCGAGCUGUGGGCUCCCGUCGACGGGGGAAAGAGAGGAGCGCCGCCGCCGCGUGCGAGGGAUUACCCCGACCGGGGGUUACUAGGCCUUGCCAAGUACAUGCCUGUGUUAAUAAAGCGCAAGUGUAAACGGGUCGAGAAACAAUCUCCGGCCACCGUAAGUUCGAGACCAGUUCCUCUAGGUUAUAGAGGACAGGAUGGCAAACCAGCUCGCAGAUUACCUGAUGGUAAGUAA